AUGGGCGCGCUGGCCCGGGCGCUGCUGCUGCCGCUGCUGGCCCAGUGGCUGCUGCGCGCGGCCCCGGCGCCGGCCCCCGCGCCCUUCACGCUGCCUCUCCGGGUGGCAUCGGCCAGCAGCCGCGGGGCGGCGCCCACCCCUGGGCCCGGACCCCCCGCCGAGCCCCGCGCGGACGGCCUGGCGCUCGCCCUGGAGCCCGCCGGGGGUGCAGCCAACUUCUUGGCCAUGGUGGAUAACCUGCAGGGGGACUCUGGCCGCGGCUACUACCUGGAGAUGCUGAUCGGGACGCCCCCGCAGAAGCUGCAGAUACUUGUUGACACUGGAAGCAGCAACUUCGCCGUGGCCGGGGCCCCGCAUCCCUACGUCGACUCAUACUUUGACACGGAGAGGUCCAGCACUUACCGCCCCAAGGGCUUUGAUGUCACCGUGAAGUACACGCAAGGGAGUUGGACUGGCUUCGUUGGGGAGGACGUUGUCACCAUCCCAAAAGGCUUCAACAGUUCUUUUCUGGUCAACAUUGCCACCAUCUUUGAGUCAGAGAAUUUCUUUUUGCCUGGGAUUAAAUGGAAUGGGAUACUUGGACUGGCUUAUGCUACCCUGGCCAAGCCAUCAAGUUCUCUGGAGACAUUCUUUGAUUCCCUCGUGGCACAAGCGAAGAUCCCCAAUGUUUUCUCCAUGCAGAUGUGUGGGGCUGGAUUGCCAGUCGCUGGAUCUGGUACCAACGGAGGUAGUCUUGUCCUGGGUGGAAUUGAACCAACCUUGUACAAAGGAGACAUCUGGUAUACCCCUAUUAAGGAGGAGUGGUAUUACCAGAUAGAAAUUCUGAAAUUGGAAAUCGGAGGUCAGAGCCUUAACCUGGACUGCAGAGAGUAUAACGCGGACAAGGCCAUCGUGGACAGUGGCACCACACUGCUGCGCCUGCCCCAGAAGGUGUUUGACGCCGUGGUCGAGGCAGUGGCCCGCACGUCUCUGAUUCCAGAAUUCUCUGAUGGCUUCUGGACGGGGUCCCAGCUGGCAUGCUGGACAAAUUCUGAAACACCUUGGUCUUAUUUCCCUAAAAUCUCCAUCUACCUGAGAGAUGAAAACUCCAGCAGAUCAUUCCGCAUAACUAUCCUGCCUCAGCUUUACAUUCAGCCCAUGAUGGGGGCUGGCCUGAAUUAUGAAUGUUACCGAUUCGGCAUUUCACCUUCCACAAACGCGCUGGUGAUUGGUGCUACUGUGAUGGAGGGCUUCUACGUGGUCUUUGACAGAGCUCGGAAGAGGGUGGGCUUCGCAGCCAGCCCCUGUGCAGAAAUCGCAGGUGCUCCGGUGUCUGAAAUUUCUGGGCCUUUCUCGACAGAGGACAUAGCCAGUAACUGCGUCCCUGCCCUGCCUCUGAGUGAGCCCAUUUUGUGGAUCGUGUCCUACACUCUCAUGAGCGUGUGUGGAAUCAUCCUUCUUACCUUAAUCAUCCUGCUGCUACUUCCGUUCCGGUGCCGGCAUCUACCCCCAGAUCCCGAGGUCGUCAAUGAUGAGUCCUCUCUCGUCCGGCAUCGCUGGAAAUGAAGAGAAAAGCCUAAACUCUAGCAACCUUGAACUCAAGGAUUAUGACAAUUCAAGGGGCAGCAGGCAGGGGUUAUAAGGCAAGGUUUCUUCCUGUGUCCAUUAGUCUUAAGUCUCUGUUCUGCUCCCAGAUGCCUUCCAGAUUCACUGUAUUUUGAUUCUUGAUUUUAAAGCUUCCGCCUACUCUCCUACUUCCAAGGAAAAUGAUAA